GUCAGUCUGGGUAGCUGUAUGGGGAAGCUGUGCAUGAUGUUGUGGGCACUGUUCCUGGCUGCCUCCAUGAUGGCUCCAUGCCUGCCAGCAAAGGCUUUCUCUUGGGGAGCCCUCACUGGCCUUCAUGGUGUUCUCACUGGAGUCUCUUUUCAGUUUGCAGAAGGGUAGUGAUAAUCUGCCUGGGCCUAUGGGUGUGCGACUAGCCCCACAGAGGGCAGAGCUAGAGAGGCUCUGCUGCUGCCUCGGGGUUUUGAUGCGGCAGCUUUCCUCCCGAGUGCUGAGCGGCCAUGGCCCAUCGAGGUCUGGAGCUGGGCACGGAGGGAGGUCUGAUGGGAUACGCUGCAGCACCUUGUCUACCCUACCCGAGUCGCGGGCGAGGCACCCCGGCACUGUAACGUACCUGUUGGUGACGCCGCAGCUGUGCCGUGGCUGUGUGUCUGUCUGUCUGUCCGUCCGUCCCUGUCCGCUUCCCGCGGCUCGCGCCGCUGCCCCUCGUUCAAUAAAGCGCGGGCCGGGCUUCUCGUCGCCAUGUCUGCUGCGCCGCUAUUGGCUGGAAGGGUACGACCUCCGCCAAUCACAGAGGGGGCCCCCGGAAGUGUCCUCGCGUCUUGGGCUGAGCAUGAUGGCGGCGCCGCUGCGCGGACGGCUCCGGGCGCUGGCGCUGGGAGGCUGCGGGCUGCUGCUGGGAUCGGCGCUGGCGGCAGGCGACGAGCGGCUUUACGCGGCGGCGGUGAUGCCCGCGCUCCGGGCGUUACCUCCUGAGGCCGCCCACGGCCUGGCUUUACGCGCCGCCGCCCUCGGGCUGCUGCCCUCCACCCGUCCCGACGGCCCCGCGCUGGAGGUGCGAGUCCUCGGGCAGCGAUUCCGCAACCCAUUGGGCCUGGCUGCUGGCUUCGACAAGCAGUGUGAGGCUGUGGACGGGCUGUACAAGAUGGGCUUUGGCUUUGUGGAAGUGGGGACUGUCACACCCAAGCCCCAGGAAGGGAACCCCAAGCCCAGGGUCUUCCGGCUGGCAGAGGACGAGGCGGUCAUCAACAGGUAUGGAUUCAACAGCCAUGGCCAUGUCGUGGUGGAGCGCAGGCUGCGAGCCCGCCAGGAGACACAGAUGAGGCUCACUGGUGCUGGAAUGCCUCUUGGAGUCAACCUGGGCAAGAACAAGAGCUCUACUGAUGCUGCAGCUGACUAUGUGGCUGGGGUCCGGACACUGGGCCCUUUGGCUGACUACCUUGUUGUGAACGUGUCCAGCCCAAACACCCCAGGGCUGCGGGACCUGCAGGGCAAGUCUGAGCUGCGGGACCUGCUAAGCAAGGUGCUGGUGGAGAGGGACCUGCUGCCCUGCAAGCGUAAGCCAGCUGUGCUGGUGAAGAUUGCCCCUGACCUCACUGCACAGGACAAGCAGGACAUCGCCAGCAUUGUCUGUGAGCUAGGUGUGGAUGGGCUGAUAGUGAGCAACACCACUGUGAGCCGGCCCAGCAGCCUCCGGAGCAGGCAGCGCAUGGAGCCUGGGGGCCUCAGUGGGAAGCCCCUGCGGGAGCUCUCCACACAGACCAUCAGGGAGAUGUAUGCUCUCACUCAAGGCCGGGUGCCCAUUAUUGGCGUAGGUGGGGUGAGCAGUGGGCAGGAUGCCCUGGAGAAGAUCCGUGCCGGAGCCUCACUUGUGCAGCUGUAUACAGCACUCGUGUACCACGGGCCACCAGUGGUGGGGGCAGUGAAGCGGGAACUGGAGGAGCUGCUGAGGGAGCAGGGCUUCAAGAACGUCAUGGAGGCAGUUGGAGCAGAUCACCGCUGCUGACGUGCUGCAGAAUGAAGGUCUGGCUGGGAGGAGCCACGGCAGAGCAGGGAUGGGUGUGACAAUUCCAGUGCUGGGCAGACUGAGAUUGAGAUGAGGUCCUGGUUCCAUCCCCUGGGAAGGGUCCGAUGGGUGAAGCAGGGGCUGCACUGCUGGGCAGCAGGGGACAGGGCCUUCACAACAGUGCUGCUUUUUCAGGGCUGUGUUCUGGCUUCCCUGUGGACAGCAGAAGGGAGUGUCAAUAAACAUUUGGCUCACCGGCUCACCUGAUUCUGUGUGGUGCUCUGGGAACACGCCAUGGGCUGGAGGGAUGCAGCUUAGCUCUCCUCAGCUGAGCAGAAUCAGCUCUCUAUGUUGCUCUCACUUUCUCUGGUGGGAGAAGCCACCAGGCUAGCUGAGCUCUGGGAUGGACUGACAAAUGCAUCAGGCCUCCCCUGGCAGAGACUUCUGCCUGAGGCCAGGCCCUUGGGUGGGAGGGAAGGCUGUGAUGGUGCUGGGUGCCAGUACACAGCUAUUUUGGAGAUGGCUGCAGUCAUGUCCUGUCAGUUGUGGAAAGGGUGUGAUCAAAGGCGCUUCUGUCUGUUGGUUUUGUCUCUGGGAUCUCUGGUGCUGACUUUUCCUU